UUUAAAUCAUAUGCUCUACCAAUAAAUGUCCAAAAUUUAAAAAUGAAGCUGUUAAAUAAUGUAAUUAACGACUUUUAUACAUCAAAUAGUGAUAGACAAUUAAUUCAUGGUGGAAAUUUAGAAAUGUAUUCAUCACCUAUAGUCUCUAAAUUUCUUCCAGGUAAACCACAUCUUUUAGCUAUUGGGGAUGAAGAUGGAUAUUUUCAUCUAUAUAACAAUGACAAAUUAAAAAUGAUUAAAAAAACCAGACUACAUGAAAAUUCAAUAUUUGAUAUUUGUUUUAAACCAAAUGAUAACUUUAAAUAUUUAACAGCUAGUGGUGACAAAGUGAUUAAACUGUGGGACUUGAAUUAUGAUGAUAAAUUUGUUGCAUUUGAAGGCCAUUAUGGAAGUGUUAAAUCUGUCAAUUUUUGUUGGUGUGAUAAAAAUAUUUUUGCAUCAGGAGCCAGGGAUGGUAGCAUACGUAUGUGGGAUACAAGAUAUCCAAUAAAAGCUAAUGAUUAUAUAUACAAUGCUCACAUGACUGACUCCGGAGUGGCUGCCAAAUCCUCACCUGCUUCAAAAUACUAUAGGAAGAAGAUAAAAACACAUUUUAAUUCUGCUAAUAUUUGUCUCCAUAAUACGAGUAUAAAGGAUAUCACACUACGCGGGAAAAUUAAAGAUUACGUGAUACUGAAUUAUCGGUAUUCCACGCAUUCCGAAAUCAUUUAUCUGCCCAGAUAUAAAAAAUUCUCAGUUACUUGCGUACUAUUUCAAUCAGAAAAUAGGUUGAUAUCAUGCGGAGCUAGCGACGACAAAAUCAAAAUUUGGGAUUUGAGGAAGACUCAUCAAAUUCACACUGAUCAAGGUAUUCCUGCUGAAAUUAUGGUAGCUAACAAUAUAGCAGUUUCGAAAUAUGUAAAUGACAUAUCACCAAAACCUAAAUUUCAAGGUUACACGGAUCUUAAAUUGGAUUGUACGAGAACCAACAUAUUCGCAAAUUCGUACAUGGGGCAAAUUGUUCACACCUUCGAUACAACUAUAUUACCUUGUACUGAUCUCCCUAAUAAAAGACAUAGUCACAACUAUUACAAAACUCCUAUUUUUCAAAUACGAUCCAGCGAAAAUAAUUUCAACACCUUAAAUUGUACCAAUGAUGGGAAUCAAGAAAGUACUUAUAGCGGUGAAGGUUUUUCGAGUAACAUGGGUACUAAUUAUUGUUCUAUGUUUUACGAUCGAAUCGAUGUCAGCUCCAAUGAUUUACUCUUGUUAUCCGGAUCGGCGACAGGAAAAUGUUAUUUGUGGAAGAUUGACGAACAAAAUAGCCAUGCUACAGAAAUUGUCAAAAAUCAUACUUCUGAAAUUUCCUGCGUCGCUUGGAACGGUUUAUCUCAGUUUGUGAUGUGCGAUGCUAAUAGCGUACAGAUGUGGAAUUUAGUUAAUGAUAUCAAAACAUUAAAUGGAAAAGAGAUAUUACCCAUCGCCAAUAUUAAUCUUGUUUCAAAAUAUCAAAUCAAAGACAGAGAUGAUCUCUGCCAAAUACAAGCAGAAACCAAUUUAUCUCUUCCAUUUUCUUCGUCAAUAUUGCUACCCCAUCAUCAAACAAAAAAUAUCGAUAUUUUAGAAAAUAAUUUAACCUCAAAUUUAUCGAAUACAACUUUCUAUAGUGUUCAAUUGGCAACUCCUACCCAAUAUUUACCAAAUUAUCACGAUAUGAAACAAAAUUUUAGCCAUCGGCGCAAAGGUCCCAAUUUUAAAGAAGUUAAACAACCAAUCAAAUUGUCAAGCUCUGAAUUCGAAAAAAUAAUUCCGAAGUCUCAGGAUAAAAGCAUAGUACCCCGGAUCCAAAAUAAAAGCACACUUAAGCGUUUAACUCGAAAUAAGGGCAAAAAGACGAGUAGUAGUAAGAAAAGGAGUAAAAUGGAAACCCAUAUUAAAAUAGUGAAAAAUAGUUCAAAAGGGAUGGUUAAAACUACUCUACACGGCCAUAAUUCCUCUUCCACGCUGAAGGAUAUAAGCAAUACAUUGACAUCUGACAAUAAAUUAAUCGACAUUGACCCUGGUGAAGUCGAGCAGAUUAAAGGUGGUAGAUCAAAAUCGACAAAUUCUGACAAAAUACCUUGCGCUUCUCCUGGCAAAACUAUUUACGAUUAUUUUAGACCAAUUACCCCUUAAAGAUUUUUUUUAAAAGAAAUUUUCACUUUUAAAUAAUUUAUAAACCUUUGUAAUAUAAUUAUUAUAUAAAAUGUAUUAUAUAAUAUACCAUAUUUAUAGGAUUUUUUUAAUAAUGUAAAUAAUAAUAAAAUCUAUUUCAGUAAAAUUUUGCUUAAUGACUAUUAAUGAAACCUUUUUUUAUAUCCACCACGAGUCAAAAUAGUUUACCCAAACAGAACUUUAAAAUAAUUUAAAAGAAUUCAUAGA